CCAAUCCCCUCCAUAUCAUGUGAUUCAGGUGUUCCAAUCCCCUCCCAAUCAUGUGAUUCAGGUGUUCCAAUCCCCUCCAUAUCAUGUGAUUCAGGUGUUCCUAUCCCCUCCAUAUCAUGUGAUUCAGGUGUUCCAAUCCCCUCCCAGUCAUGUGAUUCAGGUGUUCCAAUCCCCUCCAUAUCAUGUGAUUCAGGUGUUCCAAUCCCUUCCCAACCAUGUGAUUCAGGUGUUCCAAUCCCCUCCCAAUCAUGUGAUUCCGGUGUUCCAAUCCCCUCCCAAUCAUGUGAUUCAGGUGUUCCAAUCCCCUCCCAAUCAUGUAAUUUAGGUGUUCCAAUCCCCUCCCAAUCAUGUGAUUCAGGUGUUCUAAUCCCCUCCAUAUCAUGUGAUUCAGCUGUUCCAAUCCCCUCCAUAUCAUGUGAUUCAGGUUUUCCAAUCCCCUCCAUGGACACAGGUGUAUACAAUCAAGCUCCUAGGCAUGCAGACUGCUUCUACAAACAUUGGUGAAAGAAUAGGUCGCUCUCAGGAGCUC